AGGUUUGUUCUCGGCGUUCACCUGAACUUUACCAAGGACCAGGUCACUUUGCAGCGCACUGUUGUUGAAACCAAACCUACGGAGUUUACUCGACAAGGAUACCCUAGGCGCAGUCGAUCAGUUCCUUCUAUGAGGCCCGCGGAAGGACAUGCCGGUUUGAUCGCCCCAGCGGCGGACGUCAACGGUGCCUCCCUAACUCUGCCACCCCAAUCGGCAGACAUGAGUUAGCGGGGUGCCGGCCCUGCGCCUUCCUGCACGGGAUCCCGCGCUCCCGCACGAUCCACGCCGUGCUUCAUGACCCAGCAGGAUGCAUCGUCGGUGCGCGCACUCUCCGAGCGUCUCUUGGUCGCCUCACACAAGGGCCACGCCGACCACGUGGUGCAGCUGAUCAACAAAGGCGCCAAGGUGGCUGUCACCAAAUAUGGUAGGACUCCACUGCAUUUGGCUGCAUAUAAGGGCCACAUGGAGGUGGUGAGGAUUCUCCUGAUGGCCGGCUGCGACCUGGACAUUGAGGACGACGGCGACCAGACGGCCCUUCACAGGGCAGCCGUGGUUGGACACAAUGAUGUCAUCUCGGCUCUCGUUCAGGAAGGGUGUGCGCUGGACCGGCAAGACAAAGAUGGGAACACGCCGUUGCACGAGGUAGCUUGGCAUGGGUUCAGUCAGUGCGUCAAAUUGCUGGUCAAGGCCGGUGCCAACGUUCACGCCAAGAAUAAGGCUGGAAACACAGCUCUGCAUUUGGCCUGUCAGAAUGGCCAUGCCCAUGGCUGUAAAGUUCUUCUGUUGGCAGGAGCCCGCCCAGACAGCAAGAACAAUGCCGGUGACACUUGCCUGCACAUCUCUGCACGCUACAACCACGUGUGUGUGAUCCACAUUCUGCUUGGAGUGUUCUGCUCAGUGACUGAGAGGAAUCAGGUGGGAGACACGGCCCUGCACGUGGCCGCCGUCCUAAACCACAAGAAGACAGUCCGUCUGCUGCUGGAGGCCGGUAUGGACAGCGGCAUCCAGAACAACGCAGGACAGACAGCACUGGACCAGGCCAGAGAGCAUAACAACCCUGAAGUAGCCCUCCUUCUGACCAAAGCACCACAGAUUCAGAGCUUCACCCGUGGGAGGAAUGUGCGGAAGAGGAGGGACAAGCUAAAGGCUGAAGGACGAGCACAAUCAGUCCCUCGGGAUGAGCUGCUCCAGAGUAAGGAAAGCGUCUCCCCGGAGGACGACAGUCACGGCAGCGAGAGGAGCGUACGGAGACGCAGUGUCCGCGCCAGUGGGCCCCCUGGUGCCACAGACGCGCACCCCAACACGAUCCGCAGCAAAAGCCAAGUCAAAGACAAGCCCUCCCUGUCUGACCCUGUCUCAAGUAGGCAGAAUAAGCAUACUGAGGAGAAGAAGAGGAGCAAACAGAAGGCCCCGCCACCCACCACGUGCGCUCCACCGCACAGCUACAAGGCCUACCAGCUUUACACGCUCUACAGGGGCAAGGAUGGCAGGAUCAUGCAGGCUCCUCUGAAUGGCUGCAGGUGUGAACCCCUCAUCAACAAGCUGGAGAACCAGCUGGAGGCCACCAAAGAGGAGAUGAAGUCUGAGAUACACACUAUCCAGGAGCUCAUGAACAGUAAAAUGGGACAAGUAGACUGCAAAAGCCAACAUCAGAUCAGGGCUCUAGACAAGCUGAUGAUGGAGAGAGUGUCUGCUGAAAGGAUGGAAUGCUUGCAGCGCAUCGACCAGAGAGCCAAGCAGGAGCAGCUGGCAAGCAACAAGAAACAGGCCUCCAUGGUGAGCGAGCUAAGGAGCUGGUGUUUGUCAAAGUUCCAGCAGAUGGAGGCGCGCCUGGCAUCAGAAUCCGGGACCGGUCCCCUGCGCCACACUACCUCCCUGGCCAACACACUCUCUGAGCAGGACCAAUACGGGGGCAAGGUCCUGGGGAGUCAACCUGCGGGAUUCCCCAUCACCAACACCCUUUCACGGCCCACGGACUCGCCUGAACCUGCGGAGCAAAGGGCUGCUGGGGGCUUGCAAGAGGACUGCUCAGCCAAUCACUACUUUGUGGUUCAAAUGAACAGCUCUCCUGAUGACAAGCCGAAUGUCCGAGAAACGUCCUGCCUCCAGGCUCAGAACAAGUCUAUGCCGUCUUCUCCCUGUGUGGUCCGGCCAAAAGGGCGCAUGCUGCUCUCUGCUGAGCCCAGCUGUCCACAGGUGGAACUGCAGGACACGGUUAUAGAGGAGGUGCAGCCCGGCGGCCGGCAUCCGGACCGGGCCAGCAGCCUCUCGCCGACUGCAGCACGCCGCAGUGGCAGCAGGCGGGACCGUGACCGUGGGCGGGACCACAGCCGGGGGAGGCACCACAAGCUGCACUCCCGUUCGAGGACUAAGCCGCGCACCAGGCCCCUCGAGGUGUUCAGCAAGCGCACGGUGGGCGGGGCCUCGUUCUCAGCAGAGCAGGAGAACAUGCAUGCACUGGAGGUGACGCAGUGCUACUUCGAGGCUAUGUCAGCACAUAUGGAGCGCUGGUAUGAGAAGAAGAUCGAAGAGGUGCGACAGCAGGCAGACCAGCGUGCACAGGCUGACAGCGCCGCCCUGCUGGAGAGGAUCAGCUAUCUGGAGGAUGAGCUAAGGCUUCUCACGACUCAAGCAGGAAGGGAGCUAAUGGCCAGCAGUUCUAAGGACAGCUAAUGCUACAUGCAUGCUCUGUCAGAGAUGGCACCUGCUGACCCUGCAGAGGCAUGUAUAUACAGGCUAACACAGAGCUAAUGGCAGAGUGGCAGACUUUUAGAGCUGAACACUUUUUUUCCAGAAAUAGCCCAUAUGUAGAACUCUGUAAAGAAAGUGCAUCUGUGGCUGGGACAUAAGCCACAUGUGAUCUUAAACCUAUUAUUUUGUGUUGCCAUAAUUUACUGCUCUCUUCACUAUUCAUGUGUUGUACAAAUUCAGUUUAUAUAACAUAUUUAAGGGCUUAGAUAUGAAUAAAAAUGUGUUUACAUUAUAAAAAAAACAAUUACACUGGUAGUCAGUCAGACAUCUAGCCUAUAGAGGAGCAUUGGUUUGACUUGGUCACUUUGAAAGAUUUUUAAAAGUUAAUAGUGUAUAAGCUGUUAAGGGAGAGCAGUGCAGGGCGUGAAUGGAGUAUGAUCCUUAAUGUUUAUUAAAUAACUGCAAAUAACUUGCCCAUGUCAGUGGAUAAACCUAAUAUUUGCUAUUGACUUAUUUUGCAUGCCAAUAUUAAACUAUGUGAGGAAUGAUUUAGGACAUGUAAAUGACCCAAUUUAUUUAAGAUGUCCACAAAUAAUGGGGGCUAACAGAAUAUGUAUACUCAUCAGAGCACAAAGGAGUCACAGUUAUUGUUUUAGUAUUAUUUACAAUAAAUUGAAGUCUUGACUUGUGUUGCAGUCAGUCAGUCUGGAGUUGGAUCACCCUUAUCUAUUUUUGGAAUUUGUUUAUAGCAAAUUCCAGCUUGUGUAAAACAGUGGUCUAGCUCAUUAAGAAAGCAUAUUUCCAUCAUUUGAAAUAGAAAGCCAAACCAUCUGUAUCACGCUAAUAUUAGAAGGCUUUGCCCUUUCCCCAGUUAAAGCCAUUACGAGACAACAAAAGGACUUGUAGCGUGCUCCAUGGUCUGUGACAAGCCAGUAGAAAGGCAGGGUGUUCUGACCCAGUCUGCCUUCAAGGCUGCCAUUGCUAAGCUAUUUAACAUGAACCGCAGCUCCAUUUCAAAAGAAGCUUGUCUGGCAAAGGGGAUAUUCCUUCAAAUGUUGUAUGAUGGAGGUUUAAGUUUUAUGUAAAAUGACAAUUAUUUGCUUUUAUGCUGCCAAGUGUAAACCAAGAAUCUAUGAUAUUCUGCUUGUAUUAUGUUCUAUAUUACAAACGGUUGUAAUAGGACAUUUGCCUGUAUAUAGUAAUAUAUUGACUGCUGUAGUGAGGCAUUGUUUGCUGUUGACAUUUGUAUGUGGAAGGACAUCCUCUGUAUUAAACACAACAAUGAAACAUUUGAUAAAGAAACCAUAAAUUAA